CCAAAAUAUACUUCUGUCGGAUCGUAUCGGUUCAAAUUAGUGGCAUUUCAGCCUAUUCAUAUGCCCACCAAUCUCGGUCAUCUAAAGACAUCGGUUUUGGAACCUCCGGGUUUUUACGCGCGUCGUCAUGUGUGCUCCUUCGGUGCUGCUCGGUCCUCCGUCGGUUUCUUGCAUCAGGUCUCUUGCGAAACUCAAUGCUUCCAUGGAGGUCGUACCCUUUGAGCCACUUGCUAACACCCACUAGUACUUGUAUCAUAUGAGCAUGACCGAGAGUCGCACCUUACAAUUCUAUCUAAUGAAUUACGGGCAAGAACCAAACUUCUAACUUACCACAAUCACGCUGAAAACAUCAAGGUAAGUGAACAUGUGAAGGAGAGUCGCUACUUACAUAGCACUUGCAUGAUCACCGCAUCAGCGCAAUUAAUAGAUAAAUAUAACUAUAUCGCAGAAAAAUAUGGCGAGGGAGUACGUAGAAACGAAUCACCUCGGUGAGGUGGAUGGAAGGAUGCCCGAUAUGCGACCAGCACGAACACUGGAGCAUCGAUUCAAUACCUACGGCCAUCGACCAUGGUAAUAAAUUACGAAGAUGCCUUGAUUUCGUGUAGAAAUGGCUUAGACUUAUACAAAGAUUUUUCGCCUGCUGUAGCUGUUUGUGUUCUUUCCGUGUUGUACUCUCCUGGGUUGUGCUCUCCGGCACGAAGUCACAAUGCUCAAUCUACACCUCGCCCUUUGCUUCUGAUCAGGGCUGAUACGCAGUGUGGAAUGAAAGAUUCGUUGAACAACUGUGGGUCGGGAGCGCAAUUAGAAGCAACAGAAUGGCUAAAAAAAUGGACUCAGCCUGUAGGACAGCAGUUUGGGUGGAGGCACUUCCGAGAUGCUGACGAGUGGCGUACGCGUGAGCAGGCUCCACCUCCUCCGAGCAAUAUUAAGAAUGGAAAUGGUUGUCCCGUACUAGUUGUAGCAUCUGGACAAGUAUACAUCAUCGUAUGCUUGUUCAAGAAUUAAUAUUUGGGCGAUGAUAUGGAAUUAUUUUGUGGUGACGUGUGUAUGUUGUCAGUAUGUGAUCAGAGAUAAAUCAUCCCUUAGUAUAAGCCUUACCCUUUCAAUGAAUAAUUGUCUCCAGGCGGCGCGUGAAUUUAGGUGGUUCCAACAGAAAGUCAGGAAAGUGUCGUGAAAGAGAAUGAAAAUCUACAGAAUAUAUAUGAUCCCGAUCCCAAGCGAAAACUAGGCUCCGCUGCCAAGGAGGUAGUACCCCAUCAGCAAAUGAUGAAGAUCGAAGUAAGAAGGCGAAGUAAGUAAGGAAGAUCACACCCAACUUAAUGAACUAAACCCCUUCUCGUAACUUGCAGGUGCAGCUGUGUGAAUAAAUGCACGCAGUAGGCGGCCACCCCCAAUCCAUUUCAUUUUCUUUUAUUUUGGUUUGACGUCCCUCACGGGCGAUAACCACGACCCCCAAAAAGUCCUCUUUGGGGCUAUGCGCCGAUGUGGAGCAGUCACCUUGUGUGGCCGCGAAACGUAGGCACCCUAUCCUAUCCUAUCCUAUCCAUCCCUCAUACCACAUGAUAAUUAUUUUUCGAUGAUUUUUUCUUUUCUAAGAUCAGUGGAAAACGGCUGCACUAUCACUAUUUCUACGGAGACAGCGACUACCUUCAAACCGGCACCUCCACUGGGUAUGAGCACAGACACUUGAUGUGAUUGAUUUCUAGAACCUCUGGUGCCCGAAAAUCUUCUGUCGAAUGAUGCAAUGCACGUGCCGCCUCUGUGUAGAUACUGCAAGUGACUACCACCUUGUAUUCCGAAAGAUACAAACGGUUUAUCGGGAGUUCGAAAUGCACCUAGUUGAUACAUUGACUCGAGGUACUACGUAUGUAAGUAGCCUGUAUUUAUACCCUCGCAAUCGACAACCUUGUUCUCUCAUCUCACGGGAGGCAGCACCAGCAGCGGUAGUCGAUCGGUCGCGGCAUUGCAUCCGAUCCGUAGUCGUGGCACAGACACUGCCGAAGGGGUCGCAACUGCUAAUGCUACGAUGGACCCUAAGCAAUUGUUGCAGACGCGAACGGCUAGUGUACCUGCUGGCUUGCGCAGGGAUGCACCGCAGUUUCCGCAGCGCUACAACUGGAAAACCAACGCCUACGGUACACGCAAUCCAGCAAGACAGGCGGGUGGAAUAUCAAGUUGGCAACCGAGCCAUGUGGAUGUACUUACUUAUACACAGGAGAUUUCGACAUGUGCCACUGAAGAUGUGUAGAGGCGACAUCCACUUGUUGCGUGACACAUUGUUUUCCUGUUAGUUUUACCCGCGAAAUGCGUGGCGGAUUAGUACGUUGAGAAAAUUGUUGUACUAGAUUAUAAGGCCACCUCCGUAAGAGUACGACGAUUGAAACACACAAAUUUCGCGUAGGUACUGUGGGGUUAUCCAAAGGGUAUGCAGAAAUGGAAUAAGGGCACGGAGACACAGCGCAUCCUCCAUCCCGCACCGACUAGUGGCGUUUUGCAGUCGCGGCACCGCGUGUAGUAUUUCGUGGCAGAAGAAGGAACGGAAGGAGUUUUACCUGCAGUUAAACACUGUGAAACCAAGGAUAAGUCGUGACUGCAUACCUCUUUGAGAUUACAGACAAUUUUGCUCCAUCAUCAUCAAAUGCAUAUACCAGCUAGCUCAUAGACGACGUUUUCUCACUAUACUGACACUGCUUGUAGUGGCUAUAACAUGUAUAAUACCUCCAGCAAGCAUGAUAGAAGAAGUAGAUACCUAUCGGAAUUAUAGUUCAGCAUACGUUGAAAAGUAAAAGCUUCGAGUAGCAAUUUCCUCGAGAAAUCAAAAUAUAGUGUAGUUCGUUCAAACGAGAGCCUCGCACCACCCAGGGUGGUUUCAGUGAGCUGCAAGGAGUUGAAGCGAUCAUUCUGUAUAAUCAUGUUCCGGGCUCUCUUUCAAUCCAAAUUUAUGCACGAUAUUGCUCGCCAGAAAAUACCAUCUAACUGUACGUAAAUGUAGAUAAAAAAUGAAUUGGAACAAUAUGAAUGUUUCUAAUUUUUAGGAAGUUUUGUUGUGGAUGACAUCUUUUGUUGUACAAAGCUCACAUCAGACUAGUACACGAUAUGGUUCGUACAGCCACUACAUCUUCUGCACAGAAUAUGCACAGAAAAUGAAGCAACAAAAGGUCAUCUAGCGAUUUACCUGUUGAUUAUGACCAUCGAUGAAGGCGCGAAAAAUGAAAUAUACAGACGAGACUUUCAGGAGCAGCAGCGUGCUUGGACCGCGAC